CAAUACAAGUGUACAACUACACGAUUAAUUAAAAAAUAAAUAUUAAAAACCCCUACCUACCCGCCUCCAACCCCUUUCUUCAAUUCCACUCCACCACCGGUCCACCGCCUCAAUCACCCUGGCCGGAUAAUAAAUCAUAAAAUGACCACCGCCACCACCGUCCAGUGCGCCACCACCUUGAUAACACAUCCAACACUUGCCACCAAAUCCCCGAUUACAUUCAAUCCCCGCUCUAAUUUAUCAUUUAAGUCAAACAAUAACAUUAAAAAUUGUAAUAGUAAUAGAAAAAGAAGAAAUAAUAAUUGUGUUAGUGCAUCACUGGGGGAUUCUUCAAACAGUAAUUACGUGGUUCCAUUUGACAUAACCUCUUCAUGCAUUACUCGGCCUUUAGCUGAGAUCCUCCGUGAUCUCAAUAAACGGAUCAAUGAUAAUAUCAUUGUCAAAAAUUCUUCUCAGUCUGCUUCCAUCCCUUGGUAUCAUGCAAAUAGGAUGCUAAGUUUCUAUGCUCCAGGUUGGUGUGGAGAAAUACGUGAUGUAAUUUUUUCAGACACUGGAAGUGUGACUGUGGUUUAUCGUGUCACAGUACGUGGUUCUGAUGGAGAGGCUCAUCGUGAAUCUACUGGAACUGUGUCCUCUACCACCAAUGAUCAGAAUGUUGAUCCUGUUGCUGCGGCUGAAGAAAUAGCUUUUUGCAAAGCAUGCGCUCGUUUUGGACUUGGCUUGUACCUUUAUCAUGAAGAUUAAGCACAAUUAUGAUUUUCGCAUGGAGAAGGUUUUUAUAAUAUAGCGUAAAAAGUUUCCUUUCAUUUAAAUGGAUUAAAAUAUUUAAAGUUAUAUGGCUGGAUGAAUGCCGGAAGGGUGAGGUACCUCCAAAGUUCACACAUGCCUCCAGUCAUCAUGAGUGAUAUAAUAAAUGUUGUUUAAAUCUUUUGUUUUUUAAUUAAUAGAUAACUUGUCAUCUUUAAAUGACAUGUUUGAGAUGGUGCUAUAUGGUCCAAUCCAAUGUAUUAGCAUACUGUUGUCUGCCAUCAUGGAAGUUGUAUAUUAUACAUGCAGUCAAUUUGAUUUGUAAA